AUGAAAUUUUCAUCUUUGGCGAGAUUAGGAACUGGGUUUUUUAAAUUGAAACUCAUUAAUGAAAUUGAUUCAUCCCAGAUGGGCCAUACUAUUCCAAUAGAGAAAGACGUUGAAUUUGACCUUGAAAGUGGUGGGAAUACUAGCGAAGAGGAUGUAGGCAAUGAUCGUUCUGUUAGUGAUAAAGAAUUAAAGGGUGUUUUUGGUUGGGCAUGGAAUGGGGUUCCGAGUGUUGAUGGAACAGAUAAGGGUAAAAGUGGGAUUGAGUCAUGUAGCAACUCAGCAAAAUCUGGAGAUGUUGUGGUUAUGGGUGAAAAUAACUUAGAAUUGUUUGUGGAUAGGGGUUCUGUCCAACAGCAAUUGCCUAAUGUAAAUGGUAAUCAUGCUAAAAAAAAGAUUAAGCCCCUUAACCCCAAAAAGCCUCCAAAGCCUCCCCUGCCUCCCAUAGGUCCUUCACUAGAUGCUGGUGAUCAGAAGUUUGUGAAGGAACUUGCUGAGCUUGCCUUGAGAAAGCGCGCAAGGGUUAGGAAAAUGAAAGCAGUGAGAAAGAUGAAAGCAAACAAGUCGUCGUCAUCAUCAAGUUAUACCAGUCUUUCUGCCAUGGUCAUCACUGUUUUCUUCUUCCUUGUCAUAAUACUCCAUGGAAUCAGAUCUGCGAAUAGUGCUGCUGUUGGGGUAAUGGAAUCCCCUGAGGCUGCAUUUGCGGCAGACGAAGGUUUGCUUUCUGCUCACUUUCCCACGAACCUCAACACGAAUGAAGGAGAUGCACCUGGCUCUUGCUAUUCGUUCCUGCAAGAAAGAUGGUAUGCAAUUUGUGAAGGUUCUUUCCCUUUCAAUGUGAGUUUAGUCUAUUCUUUGCUAAUUUGGAUUAUGUAUGUGUUCUUGUAUAGCCAAUAG